AUUCGUAAUAAGAUAUUUUGGUCGAUUUUUGUAGAUACUUCGGAGGUCGGUGUUUGUCGAGAAGGUGUACAUUUUUUUCAUUAUAAACAGAGUGUUAAUGGCGGUUGUAAGGUGUAUCGGUGGCGUCUUAGUAGGUCUCGUUGAUAUAAUAAACAUCACUUCGACUGUCUUGUACUACUAGAAAUCACGAUUUUUGGCUUCUUGAGUCCCCAUGCAGGAAGGCUCAAUCGAUUAUUGCGUUAGAAUGGGGCUAGAUACGAUCCAUAUCAACGAAAUGUGUGGCUGUUGGCGACUCUUACCCUAUUUGGCUUCGCUUAUCCAUUCUGCUUGACUCCAUUAAGAAAAACAUCGCCGAGAUGCAUUUGCCAAACCUCAAACGGAUGUCCGCUCUUCGGCCUUCACAUUUCGGCGUCGUCGUCGCCGCGUUACUUCUAGCAAUUGGAGAGCGACUGAUCUGUGUUGCAGCUCCAGCGGACAACCCAGAAUGUACUAUCGCUUACUUAGACAAGUGCGGACAGUAUAUCUUCCUUUGGACCACCAGCCUCAACGAGGUGAUGGCUCCUGCGAAUACUGAGCAAUUAAAGGAGCACUGCGAGCGCCAAGCAGCUUCUGAAGAUUGCGUACGCAAGCGAUCAGAAAAAUGUCACUCGAGCGUCAAGAAAGGCCUCUCGCGUUUGUUUUAUGACGCGAUUCAUGAAGAAUACGAACAGCGUUGUGAUCCAGAAUCCGAUUAUCAUGCCUCUUAUUUGCGGAUGGCACCUUGUAUCCAUAAAAUAUCCUCAGAUAUGUACAACUGCAGCGCGCGUCUUAUAGCCUCUAUUCGUUCCUCGAUGGAGGAUGAUCAUGGCAAAUCUGUCCGAGAAAGGAUUCCACGGGCGUGUUGCAAUUUCGUAUCCUAUACUCGGUGUGCCGAAGUGGCAGCACGUAAGACAUGCGAUGAAGACACGGUUAACUUUGUGAAGCAAUAUUUAGAAAGGAUUUCAGGAGAAUUGUUUAGUUUAGCGUGUGGCAGUUACAGCGUUGAGGCCGAGGUAUGCAAGAAGUUUCAAACGGGUUUACUCACGUCACAUGAGGACGUCAAACUCACCGAUGAAAGCAGCGUGACGACAAUGAUCGGUGCUUUGUCAACGCUCGCUAAUUCAUUUCAGCCAGCACGAAGAUAAAAACAAUGUUCGAUAUUUGUACCUAUCAUGAGAAAACUGCCAUAUCUUAAAAUCUGAUGGCCGCAAGUUAGCAGAUGGCCUUGUCUAAUUUUACUACGAUCUGACUUCAAAUUUGCCGAGUUGAAAAUAUCUUAUCAAAAGCCAAUUAUACCAGAAUACAAAAGCUAGGCGGGUCACAGCAAAAUCAAACUAGGGAUCGAUUUAUAAGUAGAAAAAUGUCAUUAUGCUUGUACCGAAAAAAAACGGUACCGUUGUGAAUUAGGGUCAAUUGCUCUAGCUUUAUAAUACCGAACAAUGUCAAUGUAACGGCUUUUGAGUACUUGUGAGAACGAAGUUCUUCCGGACGAAACCGUCGCGAUAGCUCGACAUCUUAAACAUUUAUUAAGACGUUUAAACAUAAUCGGGACAAUGAAACGGAAUGAAGUAUUGCCAUUCUCCUCUCAGUGUCCAUUUAUAUUAGUAGGCCCAAAAAUAGGUAGAUAAUGAAACCACUUUAACUUAAUAAAAAUAAUGGUACCGUGAUA